AUGACCUUGAUCCAUCCGUACCUGCACCCACGGGCAGGGGAUGAGAGGUGCCCAGCUCUGACCACUGAGCUGGUUUUCAGCCAGCUAGGAGUGGAAUUUAAACAGCACGCCCUGCACACCGUACAAGCGACCGUAAUUCCCUCGUCAAAAGACGAAGCCCAUAAAACGGGAGGAAGUCGGGAUACGCGCGCGUCUCCCCGCACGCAUGCCGAGUCGGCUCCCUCGCCCCGUCUCAUCGCCACGCCGGCACCGCACGCACUAGUCACGAAAAGCUGCCAGACUGAGAAAAUUUCAACAGCAGAAGCUGUGGUACAGGCUCAUACGAACCAAGAUGCUGGUGUGCAGACUGAUCAAAGUAAAGAUGCUGUCCAAGACUUCCAGCAAGAAGUCCAAGUAGAUUACACUCGCUUGUUAUCAUUCCUUCAGAGAGUGGAGGCUGUUGUUAUCAAAGAACUAAAUAAAAACUGGAAAAGUCAUGCCUUUGAUGGCUUUGAAGUGAACUGGACAGAUCAGAAUGAAACAGUGUUGUGUUUGCAUACGUUGUCAUACCCAGAGGCUCAGGAUCAAAAACUACAGGUCACCAGUGUCUCGUGGAACGCAACAGGAUCUGUCGUUGCGUGUUCGUAUGGCCGGUUGGACGAUGGGGACUGGGGCUCAGAAAAGUCCUAUGUUUGUACCUGGAAUCUGGACAGAAGAGGGUUGAAUCCGCAACGCCCUGACCUAGUGGUGGAUGUUCCCAGUUCUGUAAUGUGCCUGGCUUUCCAUCCCUCCCAGCCUUCACUGAUCGUUGGCGGCCUUUUCAGUGGAGAAGUGGUAGUAUGGGAUACCAGCAGAAUAGAAGACCCCUUGAUCUUGAGGACAGGGAUGACAGAUGAUACACACACUGAUCCAGUCUAUCAGGUUAACUGGUUACCAGAUGUGAAGCACAGAAACCACUUUCAGCUCUUGAGCGCAUCCACAGAUGGAAAGAUCCUGGUGUGGCGAGAGGCGCAAGACGGCUGUCUGGCCUUGGCUGAAGGAUUUGCCAUGGUGGCUCAGCAGAUCCCUCGCAGCAUUCAGCUGAAGAAGCUUGCUUGGGGAGAGGCUGCUGUGGGCGUGACCUCGCUCUCUUUUUCACACUUUGAUCCCCGUGUGUUCAUUGUUGGUGUGGAAGGCGGCUAUUCCCUGAAGUGCUCCACGGCAGUAGAGACUGAGGCUCUCCACCGGACAGGCAGUUCUGUUCCCCUCAGGGCCCCAGCAGAGCUUGCCUUUUCCCCACAUGGAGGACCAGUGUAUUCUGUGAGCUGCUCACCCUUCCACAGGAAUCUCUUUCUGAGCUGUGGGACUGAUGGACACGUUCACUUACAUUCCAUGUUGCAGGCACAACCCCUUAUUUCUCUUCAGUUAUCAAAAAAAUACCUCUUCUGUGUUCGGUGGUCUCCAGUACGACCACUGGUCUUCGCAGCUGCUUCUGGGGAAGGAGAUGUGCAGCUCUUUGACUUUGAGAAGAGCUCCCAGAAGCCUGCUGUUUCCAUAAAGCAGACCACGGGUGAGAGCCCUGUGUACUGUUUAGAAUUCAACAUCAAGCAAACUCAGCUCUUGGCAGCGGGAGAUGCCACCGGCACAGUCAAAGUCUGGCAGCUCAGUUCUGACUUUACUGAGCAGGGACCCAGGGAAAUGAAUCACCUGGAGCAGCUGGCAAGUGAGGUCACAGACUGAGAGCGCAACAUAACCAGCUGUUUGAAGCCUGUUACAACUCUGACUCCAGGAAAAGUUGCCCAUUCACCUCGUCCAUAG